GCCCUCGUUGAACGGGAGGUUUAACCGCCCGCGACCGUGCAGUAUUAGACAAAGACAUGCUUACAUACAGUUUCGGAUUCGGCAACAUCUCCGUCCGAAGCUGUAUAGACAAGCCUGGGCUGUUGUGAAGCUUCUACCGCGGGCCCUCAGAAGCCAAGCAGGAAGGGUUCAGUUGCAUUUUGGGGGGCGUCAUAAUGUCGCACCUACAGACAACAUGCAAACCCCGCUCGCUGACGCAGCAGCCCGGUGCAGCUUGCCGUAUGCGUGUAUCUCUAAGCCACUGGCAAUGUGGCUGGCAGGUCACACGCCUUGACGACAUAUCUAUAAGUUAUCGAUCCGACAAGUAUUAUUGGUCUUGACAUCUCGAACGGAAUCCGGAUACAAGAGAAACAAAACAUUUGUUUCCGUGUUAACCCGAGCAAACGGGCAGCUCCCACGCUGAGCUACAGUAGCACGCAGAAAGCAGAAUGGCCUCACACAAGAUCCUUCUGACGGGCGCCACGGGCUACAUGUAAUCGCCUUGCACAUUUCUUCCCCGUCGAGCCCGGGCCUGGAUGCUACCUACAUACCCGGCCGGACUGUAAAGCCACGGAAAUUAACCUGGAUGAAUCACCUACCCAGUGGCGGCACGGUGCUCGCGACGCUGCUGGCGUCGUCGGAGCCCGCGCUCAAGGCCAGCCGCAUCUCGGCCCUCGUCCGCAAGGAGGAGCAGGCGGCGGUGCUCAGGGGGCUGGGCGUGGACCCCAUCCUCUUCAGGGGCCUCGACGACGUGGACGCGCUGCGCCGGGCGGCGGCCGACCACGACGCCGUCGUGCACACGGCCAGCUCGCAGCACGACGCCUCGGUCGUGGCGCUGAUCCGGGGCCUCGGCGACAGGAAGGAGGCGACCGGCAUGGAGACGCACUUUAUCCACACGGGAGGAACCUCGGCGCUGGGCGAUCAGGCCGUUUCGGGGAAGCUCGUCGAGACGCGCGUCUUCAACGACAAGACGGACGACAUCUUUGCGUACGAGCGGGAGCGCCAAGCCAAAGAAGUCUACGAUCAGCGCACGACCGACCUCGCCGUCCUCGAGGCCGGCGAGGCCGCCGGGGUUAGGACCUACAUCAUCAUGCCGCCCACUAUCUACGGCGUCGGCACCGGCGCCUUCAACCGGCUCUCCAUCCAGGUGCUGGCCAUUAUGCGCGCCGCGCGCCGCGACGGCUUCACGACCCUAAUCCGCGGCGCCCGGGACCAGCAGUGGGGCCACGUCAACGUGACGGACCUGGUCCUGCUGUACGAGCUGAUCCUUGCGCGGGCCCUCGAGAGCAGCAGCAGCAGCAGCAGCACCCCCUCCUCCUCCACCCCGCCGCCCCCCAGCGGCGCCAAGGGCCUCUACUUUGCCGUCACGGGCCACCACAGCUGGGGCGAGGUGGCGGACCGGGUCGCGCGCGAGGGCAGGCGGCUGGGCUACGUGGCGUCGGACGAGGUGCGCGAGCUGCCGCUGCAAGAGGCCGCGGGGCCGCUCGGGUCGGCGCUCGGCGGGCCCAUCGGCGGCCAGGGCCUCAGCGAGCAGGUGGCCGAGGCCGCGUGGGCGUCGCACGUGAGGACGGAGCCGGCCCUGGCGCGCGAGCUCGGCUGGAGGCCCCGCAAGGACAGGCGCGACUUUGAGGACAGCUUCGCGGCUGAAUGGGCCGAGGACGUGGAGGGGUCUCGGAAGUGAUCAAUGGAUACG